CUUUGACUGUUGACAGCUCGCAGGAAGUCCUCAACAAGAGCUCCGUUUUUCUUCCAGCAGCUUCACCUUUUUCUUCUGGUUUAGCUAAAAUAACAAAGACUGUGACCACCUUGGACCGGCGAUAGAUGACAGGAAUGGAGGAAUACCACAACGGCAACGAGGGAUCCUUCAGCUCUGAAGAAGCUGAUAACAUUGUCAAAGAGUGUAUUGAGAACGUGGUGGCAGGUGACGACUACAGCCAGAGUCAGGUGAACAAAUGGACCGCCAGCAUCGUGGAGCGCUGCCUCACACAGCUGGUCAAACAGGGGAAACCGUACAAGUACAUCGUGACGUGUGCGGUGAUGCAGAAAACAGGAGCAGGCCUCCACACAGCUAACUCCUGCUACUGGGACACUGCCAUGGACGGAAGCUGCACGGUGAGAUGGGAAAACCGCACCAUGUACUGUGUGGUCAGUGUGUUCGCCGUGGCUAUUGCAUAGGACGUGCACACACACAUAAAUCACCACCAGAAGAUUGCAGUGUGUUCCUGUGAACAGCAGGGGGGAACAAAGUGCCACAGAGUCCGCUCACAGCUUGACCUUUCACCUCUGUGGAGAAGCUGCAGAGAAGAAAACGGCUGUAUUUUCAGCCUUCCGAUGCAUGUAAACAUCACCUUAAUGUAUUUAUCUCCUCAUGUCACUGCAGCGCUUUAAUAGUGUCAGUUAACUGUAUUUAUCACUGACGCCUGACAGCAUGCAGCGGCUGUAAACGCCACAUUCUGUUUGAUUCUUCUGCUUUUUAUUAUACGUAUCAUGUCGAGCAGAGAGAGAGGAUUUUUGUACUUUUUGUACAUGAAGAGAUUCACGAACCGUGUUCAGUCAUCGUAUCUUCAAUGAAUAAAGGCAGAUGAACGUUUCAGCAAAACCCCA